CUCCAUCCUUUCCUCUCCCCAUCCCAAAGGCUGAUUACCACACCACUCCCUCUGCACAUCGUUCCGUUUCGCCGAUGCACCAGUAUUUUUUUCAAGCUGCGGUCGUCCGUCACAUGCCGAAGGACGCGCAAUAUCUUCUAGAAGAGUCUGCGGCUCCGGAAUAGCCUGCUCAUUCUGAGCGCCUCUUUUGCUGAUAGGCCUGUGUUUUCUGUCAUCCGCAACGCUCAGCUGUGAGGGGGUUUGGCAGAGUCACUAACGGAAUGAUUUGUCUGUCCUAUCGGGAGGUUAUAGGCUAGCCCAGUCCACGGCAGUUCCGGGUGACAGUCGGAUGGGAUGACGGAGGAAAUGUAAAAUUUUGAUAUGGAGAGUAUAUUCGUGGAGAAUGCGUCCUUUCAGUGACCAGAAGAUAAUUUAAUGGGUAAGGGGUAGGCAAACGACGUUGAAGUCUAUUUUAGGUAAUUCAUCACACCGGCUGUUAUCAUCAUCUAGUAGGCUAGCCAAUCAACAGAACUUAGAACAAUGUGUAGGCUAUAUAAAAUACAUGUAUUUUGAAAAUAGUAGGCUAGGAUAGCUUAGACCCCGAGCAUCGUUUAUAGUUGUUGGUAAAGCACCGGCAUCGUGGCUUAUACUGUAGGCUACAACUGAUAUCACUGUUGCUGUCGGUUAAAAUACACUGUUGAGUAAAUCGUGAGCCUCACCAGUCGUGAACAGAAUCUGUUUCCAGAACAGGUUGAAGGGGCUCUAGAAACAAACAGCUAGCCUAUAGCACACAUGGUGCUUAUGUGCCCAAAUAAAUGCGGAUGAUAAACGGAAAUUCACACUUGGAUGGGCAACUGGUGACACACCAUUCUGCGAGGAACAGGUAUACUGUAGCUGGAACCUAACACCAGUAGAUUAUUUUACAAAAAAAUGUUAUUUGUAUAUAUCAUAACAUAGUGCAAGAUUAAAACAAUUGAUUGUUAAUACUAGCAUGUGUUGCAUGCAUUAGAUGUGUUUUUAAGCUAUGUAGUUUAGAUGUGUACAUGGACUAUACUGAAGAGCAAUAUGAGCAGAAAGCAGCAAUAAUAUUAAUGUUAAUGCUAAUGCACACCUAGAGCCAAAGACAUGAAUAUGUCCAUGCUUCCAUUUGUCACUACUAUCACUCACUGUGAAUUUCUUAGUUGCUUAAAAGUCUACUCAGGUCAGACACAUUAUCAAAAGCUACAGACAGAGAUAUAAUAUUCAUAUGUAAGAAAUUUCCAAACCAUCGGCUAUCUUUGAACAUCUUUGUCUUCCACACAUUGCACAAAUUCCAUGAGGCAUUUACAGCUCACGUCUGUAUUACAUGUUUAAACCAUAAACCUAACACACAAGUCUUCCUAAAAUUCAUGUUCUACAUCAUUGCAAUCACUGGUGAAAACUUUGGAGAAGGACACUGAAAACAGCACGAACUUGUAUUUUUUUCUCAAAGCAAGAAGGACGAACUGUGGACUAAAUUGUAAGGAACUGAACUGAGCUGUGGACUAGCUUUAUCUGGGCAGACGCCGGCUAUCACACAAGUGUGUGUUAUUAUAAACAGAUGAACAAAGUCUUUGAAAACAGAGUGGCUGAAGCCCGAGGCUUCCACACCUGCCCCUCCUUUCCUUUUGUUCCCUGAGCCAUCAGAUACUAGACGACUAGAGGCGUGCAGCACGCGGGACAGCCCGAGCCAAGAUCCAAGACAGGCCGGUGAAAGACCGCAGGGUAGGCCUCGGACUGGAACUAAGAACUGACCUGAUCUUGGUGAUCAGAGUCAUCCCACAGCACAACCCCCCCACCUCCCUCAGACUGGGGAGGAAGAGCCAGAGGAGGAGGAGGAGGAGGAGAAAGAGACACGCCCUUUGAUCACAGACACUUCCCAAGACAGACUCCCCCACACCACCCCACCCCACCCGACCUCCACCCCAACCCCAGCUCCUUGUGUGGUCACACGGGGGUCGAGUCGCGGUCCAGUUUUUUCCUGUUCUCUUCUCUGUUGUGAUUUUCUCCUUCAGCACGUUCUGGAGUUGGGUUGGACCAACCAACACGCUUUCUUCACAGAGAGCCCUCGCCUCGUGGCAGACUACCUGCUCACAUCCACAUCUCCCCCCUGCCAGGGGGUGUGUGAGCACACACAACCGUGUGUGUGUGUGUGUGUGUGUGAGAGAGAGAGAGAGAGUGUGUGAGUCUGUGUGUGUGUGAGAGAGAGAAAGAGACGCCUCUUCAUGAUGAUGUCUGCACUGCGGAUACUGCUAGUCCCUCUCGCUCUCUGCACUUUGCACGCGGUGCAGAUGCUUCAGUCAAAGCUACAGAGUGCGGUGUGAGAGGCACUUGGAAGCACAGCUUGUCUUAGUCAUGCGGCGUGCGUGGAGGUGGACUCGGACACGGAGGCGGUGGCAGGUGAGGGGUUCAAGAUGGGCUGCAUCUCCUGCAAGCUGAGGGGGGAGGUGGAGGCCACCGCCACAGUGGACUGGUACUUCAUGGCCAAGGGAGAGAGAGAAUUCUCCCAUAUCUUCAGAUAUGACCCUGAAGACGCCCCAAAGCUAGACGAACUCGACAUCCGUGACGAGCGUUUCUACGGCCGUCUGGACUGGAAUGGCAGCAAGAACACACUGGACGUGCAGGACGGCUCUAUCUACAUCCUCAACGUCACCUUCAAUGACACAGGCACCUACCGCUGUCACUUUGACCGCCAUCUCACCUUCACCAACUAUGACUACCACACCAACACCACCAAGUUCGUCGUCAUCAAUGUGGUGCCCAAAGCCACUCGAGGCUUGGCCUCCAUCUUGUCGGAGGUAAUGAUGUACGUAUCGAUCAUUGGGCUCCAGUUAUGGCUGGUGGUUGAGAUGGUGUACUGUUACCGGAAGAUAGCGGCCGCAGGGGAGGAGGCCUUGAGAGAGAGCGCGGCGGAGUACUUAGCCAUAGCCUCGGGGGGUAAAGAUAACUGUGCAGGUGUUCAGGAGUCAGAAUAACACAGGUCUGCGUGUGUUCAUCUCAAGACAAAGAUCUCCACCAGGCCGAACGUCCCCAAACACCAGGCGUCCCCGCUGUCCUGUACGCAGCUUUGAGCCAGGGCUUGUAAUUGACUCCAUUCACGUCUGCACAGCAUCCACUCAGACAGAACAGAAGACCGAUCCAAUACGUCACUAACACCUCUGGACCUCAUAGUACCUUUAAUGCUUUGUCCCUCACAUUAGAUGUGUCAGAACGAUGUAGCUCAGUUUUCACUCGUAGAUGAGGAACUAACAAUGUAAUACAUGGUGAGAAAUUGGAUAGCAAUGGAUUGCUGAAGUCGGGCAUGUUAGCUAAAGAGAAACGGCACACUUACUGUAUGUCUAUUUGAAAGACAAUAAUCAAAAUGGCAAAUGUUAUGAAGUUGUAAAUAUGCACUGUUGUAUGCUAUCACUUGUUGACACACUAGUUAGACUGAUUUCAAAUGUCUCUCUACUGACUUAACUAGUGAUCUGCUUUAUGAAGAUCAGUGACUGAAAUUACACUACUCACAAAAAGUCAGGGAUAUUCGGCUUUUAGGUGAAAUUUCAGGAUGAAUUUAAAAUUCACUAUAACCUUUACAGGUGAACUUAAAGGUGCUCUAAGCGAUGCCUGCAAACUGCAAACAUCACCUAACCAACCACUAGCUGUCUGUGUCCUGAAU